AUGCUACUUCGAAUGACCGAUGUUCAACAAGAUGAAACACAAUUGAAUAUCUAUCGUUGUUUGGGUAAAUUGAUGCCAAAAGCAGAUAUUAAAACGAUGGAAACUCCCAGUAAACUUGCGUCUAUAUACCUUAAAUUUCUUACAAAUACAAUUGAUGAUCCGAAGAAAAUGGAACGCUUCUAUAGUAUAUUACAAAAUUUUGUUCAACAUGAUCAAGUCAAAGUCGAAUUAAUAAAACAAAAUGUAUUUUCCAUAUUUAUGCGAUGUAUCACUGAAACUAAAUCUGAUCUGAUUAAAGUACAAACAAUAGUUCUCGAAAUUCUUCUUGCAUUUUCGUUCAAUAAUGAUGCUUUAACGAUUCUCAGAAAGGAUACAGAUUUUAUGACACAAAUUCGAAAUCUAGCAAGUAAUACUAAUUUGGAUAAAUCAAAUUUACAACGAGCUGCUGAAGGUCUUCUUUGA